AUGUCGUUUAACAAUGUUCUACCGAGUGCAAACUACUUUGAAACCAAUUCGGUGCAAAAAGCAGACUCCUCGGACGAUCUGGAUGAGAAUAAAUUAGAGAGAGUGCUUAAUGAAUUAGAUAAUAAUAGCUUUGAUGAUGAUGAUGAUGAUGAUGAUGACAGCGAUGACGAUAACGACGGCACCAACAAUGACGAAAGUAAAAGGGAUGAAGAUGGGCUCAUAUAUAACACCUCAGACGACGAUGAGGACUUUUUAUUUGAAGACGAACUGGAAGAGGAAGAGGACGACUACAAUGAAGAUUACAAUUUUAAAGAUGCUUUGAAAGGAGCAAGCAAUUUCAGAGUUAGGAAUAAGAGAGAGUUGUUGCCCAAAAGCGGCAAAUUCUCGUAUAAGCAAAAGAUGACAAGAUCGGAAAACAGAGAAUUGGACCCCGAGGUGCGAAUGCAUUUAUCUGAAGCUAAUGAAGCAUUUGUGAGAAAUGAUUUACAAGUGGCUCUACAACUAUAUACAAAAGUUAUCAAAAAAGAUGCAAAAAAUUUCAGUGCCUAUAAGGCAAUUGGUGAAAUACACAAAAGUUUGGGGAACCUAAACGAUUGUUGUAACUCGUGGAUGUUGGCUGCAAGUAUUCAUCCUUGGGAUACGGAAUUUUGGAGUCAAGUAGCUGAGCUAUCAGCUGAUUUGGGACACAUUGAUCAAGCAAUAUACUGUUACAACAAAUCCAUAACUUCGGAUAUCAACAAAAGUGCCGAAAACAUACUACAGCGAGCUAUACUAUACAAAGAAAAACGCCAAUUCGGUAAGGCCCUAGAUGGGUUUCAAAAAAUUCGUGCAUUGUAUCCAACUGAUUCUAAUAUAUUGAAAAACAUAGCGGGUAUUUACUCGGAACAAAGGAGGUUGAACGAUGCAAUAAACUUGUAUAUGAAGGUGCUAGACUGGAACAUCAAUCCCAAGCCGUCCUCCUCCUCCUCCUCCUCCUCCUCCUCCGCCGCCGCCGCCGCCGGCUCCUCCUCCUCCUCAUCGUCGUCGUCCUCGGGAGAAGUUUAUCCAAGAUUCGAGUGGACAGAAUUGAAUAUUUUGCUCGAACUUCAUCUCCAAUAUCGGUCAUACCGGUUCGGUCUUAAUGUUUUAAAACUCGCUGCAAGAUGGAUUCAAGGAAGAAGUGAUGAGACUUGGUGGGAUGAACUGGACGAUUCAGAGUUUGACCCAAAGAGAAGAUUCCGCAAUCUUUCAAAAAAUGUCGAUAAGGCACAUAUUGAAGAAUUUGAAAAAAAACCGUAUAAGCUUCCCAUCGAUAUUAGAUUUAAAUUAGGUGCAUUGCGAUUAGGAUUGGGAGAUAAGGAAGAAGCUUUGUUGAAUUUUGAGUUUUUGCUUGAGGAUGAUCCCGAUGGAAUUGCAGAUUUACAUUUCGAAACAGGUAAGUUAUUGGAAGAAGCUGGACUUUACGAGGAAGCAUUGACAUACCUAACACAAGCUCAAGGAGAUGAAGAGGUUUCUACUAGUUUUGAGUUUGUGCAAUUAUUGGGGAAAUGUUACUUUGAAGUGGGAGAUUUCAUGCUUGCUAAGGAUGCUUACGAAGAUUUGCUACGCAUUGAUCCAGAAAAUGCAGACUACAAAUUGGCAUUUGCGGAAACAUUAUAUCAUUUGGGAGAUGACGCCAAAGCGGAAAGGUUGAUUAAUGAAGUUAAAAAGCUGAGUAUGAAGUCUUCUUCUUCUCCACCCUCUUCUUUAGAAUGGAAAAGACCAUCAUUUGUACAAGAAAACACUGAAAACUUGUCAUUGAUAAAAAAUCGAAUACUAAAAGGUCCCAAAAGGGCAAGGUUGACUGAACACGAAAAAGAGGAAAUGGAGUUGAACGCAAAGAGAAAAGUUUUGGAGAAAUACGGACGCAUGGAGAGGCUACAGGAAUCGGUUAAUGCGGGAGAUAAAAUUGCAAUUUCGGCCUGGAUUCAAUUAGCUACUCCAUUGAUCGAAAUGUUUACUAACGUCAAGAGCUUUUUCCCUAGAGACAGAAUGAAGAAAUUCAAAGGAAUAGUUAAAUACACAAGGAGGAAAGAUAUGGAUUUGAAUGAAAAAUUAGCCCGAGCAUAUAAUCUAUUAGAGGGUAUUAGUCAAGGUGAAAACUAUGUGCGACAAACAUUGAUCUCAAAAUCAGAAUACAGAGGCUUGACUUAUCAACAAUGGUUUGAGAUAUUUGCCCAAUUUGCAUUUGUAUUAUGGAAAUACAACGAGAAUGCCGAAUACGCAGACGAGAUUUUGAAUGUUGCUCUAAGUGUCAGUGUUUUUGCUCAAGAUAAAAAAAAGGAAGCUAUAUUGCAAGUACUAAAGAUUAUCUUGGGUAUUUCUCAAAAUCAGCCAUCAACUACCAUACAAACGUACGUGAGGCUAUUGUUGAAUGCUAACCAAUUUUCACCAUUUAUUUGCAAAUUUUUCAUAUGUUCAUUUGUUUCGGGAUAUCGGUUUUGGGAAACGUUUGCCAAUUAUAAUCAACAGAAAUACUUUCUUCGACAAUUGAAAGCAUACGAUUCGAGUUACAGCAAAGUCCACAUAACCGGUAUGUCCAAUGUAACUGCUAAUCUAAGUAAUGUCACUUUGGGCGAAUGUCAUGCUGACCUAGUCUAUAUAUAUGGAAACUUGCUAGGUGGCAAUCGGAGUUAUUCGUCGUCUAUUUUUUAUAUGAACCGGGCAUAUGAACACUAUAACCGAGAUCCAAUGAUUUGUUUAAUGUUGGCGUUAUCCCACCUCCAUCGGUCGAUGCAAAGACUCAGUGCCAAUAGACAUAUACAAUUAUUACAGGGUAUUAGUUACUUUUUGGAAUAUCAACAACAUCGAUCUAACAAUGGUACCUUGUAUGAAAUUCAAGAAAUUCAGUAUAAUUUUGGACGCCUAUUCCAUACAUUGGGGUUAUCGAGUCUUGCAAUUAGACACUAUAACAAAGUACUCUCAAUACUGGAUGAAAACGAGUUGGAUGAUGACUACAACUUGUCAAGAGAAGCGGCCUAUAACUUAUCAUUGAUCUAUAAUCUCAAUGGAAAUACUCACUAUGCUAGCGAAUUGGCUGAAAAAUAUUUGGUUAUUUAA